ACCGCAGCCGCUGGAGAACCGCACAGAGCGCUGAAUCCUGUUCAGAAGAAGGGAGCAGCGCAGGUUCAACAUUUUAUUGCGAUUAUCUAUUAAUGUAAUAAAGGAACAAGGAGACAAAAUCCACAGAGGAGAGACGGAGUGAAUUUUACUUGGCUCGAAUCGAAUGACGGAGUGGAUUUUACUUGGACUUGGUAUUAAAAUCUCUUUUUGUAGUCACAAUGCGCCUCAUCCAGAACAUGUCUACUAUAGUGGAGUACCCGAGCUCAGAGUGCCUGAACAACCGGGUCAUUAAGAUAGCCGUGCUCGGGGGGAGCGGAGUGGGCAAAACAGCUCUCGUCGUUCGCUUCCUGACCAAACGUUUUAUUGGCGACUAUGAAAGAAAUGCAGGAAACCUGUAUUCCAGAGAGGUCCAAAUCGACGGAGAACAAGUGGCCAUUCAGGUGCAGGACACACCUGGAGUCCAGGUAAAUGACAACGGCCUGAGCUCUGAAGAGCAAGUUAGAAGUUCCAUCCAGUGGGCGGACGCCGUGGUCAUGGUGUACUCCGUGACAGACGGUCACAGCUUCGACCUCAUCAGUCAGCUCCAUCAGCUUGUGAGCCAGGUGUACGCUGACAGACCAGCACCACCGAUUAUCCUGCUGGCAAACAAGGCGGAUAUGGUGCACGUGAGGCGGGUGGAGCCUCAGCAGGGCCCGGCGCUGGCCCUGGCGCUCGGAUGCUCGUUCUACGAGGUGUCAGCCAGUGAAGACUACAGUCAGGUGCACGGCGCGUUUCACAGACUCUGCACAGAGCUCGCCAAACGACAGGUGCCGUUUAGCGCCAAUGCAAACGCCGCUUCGGGCAGCAACGAGAAGAAAAGGUCACCUCUUAUCCCCAGGCCCAAAUCCCCCAACAUGCAGGACCUAAAGCGGCGCUUCAAGCAGGUGCUUUCGGCCAAAGUGCGCACAGUCACCUCAGUGUGAGGACGAGUGCAAGCGACAUGGCCCAGGUUUCGGGGCCCGACAAGGCAGGUUGAGUGGCAGGGCGAAGGUCUGAAAGGCAGAGGCUCACUGAAGCGUUUUUUUUUUUGGUCUUUCUCCUGAGCUAAUCAGCAGACCAGAUCUUAAAAAAAGGAAAAAAAACAAAGGGGUGCUGAACUAUGACCUCUGAAAUCGCCAACUUGUGAACUUCGACCAUCUUGGUGGCGGAGGUUAAGCCACCUGUGCUGCUGCGACUGACUUGUAUGACGGCAGAUGCAGCAGGAGACUGAACCGUGGUGUGAAAAUUGCCUUAAAAAAUGAAGAAUGCAAAAACACGAUUGUACGCACACACUGCGUUCUAUCUGUAGACGGCUUCACCUGGCAACAGUGCAUGUGAAGGACAGAGAGCUGGGUAUUUUUAUCAUCAGAAUAUUUUUUUUUCUCACCAAGGCUUUUCAGAUCUCAGCAGAAACGAUCUGAAAGCAGGCUUUGUUAAAGGAACGAGGCACUAAAGCUGAAGGGCACGAGCAGUGUGUUUGUGUUAAACACUCUGGUGCCAAUUUGUGUUAAAAAAAAAAAACAUAACUGCACUUUACAGCAUGCCCCAGGGCUAAGGCUUGAUUCUUAUUUAUUGUUUUGUGACUAAAAAUAAAAUCUAUUUGACUGAA